CAUUGAGCGAAACUUGGGUUGACCUGAACGCAAUCAGCGGUAAAUUCGCUCAUCUAGGUGCCUAGCGCGCACCAGCAACAUCCCAUAUCUUCAGGGAGACGUUCCCCUUCCGGACCUUCCUGAAGUUGAAUGCGACGGUCGGAACUACUUCCUCGCUCCACUGCCCGGACCCUAUCACAUUCACAAAAGACGUCUUCCCCGAUGCCUGAAGCCCGACAACCGCGAUCUCGGCGGUCUUGGAGAAGAACAGGCCACUGAGCCACUGCAGGAGGUUCGUAAAGAGGCCCGCCAUGUUGAACGACGGCGGAGUAUGAUGAGCGAUGGAGAAAGACGCCGACGCCACCGGCCCACCGCGCCUGAAGCGCAUUAGCGCGCAUCAGCAACCGGCCCGAGCGCCGACGCAUUUGUUGAUCGCUGUCGGACGCGAUCUCGACGCGUCUCUCACGUCGUCCCCCGCUGCGGUCAUGUUUCUGAGGAGGCUCACUCGUGUCAAUGGACCUGCGUUGAGCGCGUCGCUAUCAGGCGCUUGCUCAGCACGAGCGAUAUCCACGAGUCGACCUGUCCUCCCUAAGAAGGGUGCUCCUCGUGCAGCGUCUCCGAGGAGAAAACGCGCACAGAGUAGUAGCGAUGACCUGAUAGCCGCAGCUCUAGAUGCUGGCCUGCCCGUGGACCCCGGCGCGCCGUUAGACCCCGAGGCAGAGAGACGGCUUCGCAAGACUCUCAAGCAGAAAGUCAGACGGGCACGGAAAAGGGAAGAGAGAAACCAGGCUCGGGCUCGGGAACAGAACCCGCAAGCCUACGACGCGACUUCCGAACUGCAGACGGAGGAUUGGGGCCAGGAUGUCCUCCAACCCAAAGUCAAGAGCGGCCGUAGCAGAGGCAAGUCGCCAGAGCGUACAGGAUGGGACCUUGGCGCCAUCGCUCGGCCGCCUCCCCCGGGAUCGAGCCUGAGGCACAAGCCAUCAAAGCCCGAACGCACCCUCCAGCAGCUGGCGUACAACAGGCGUAUAGAAGGUUUGAUAGAACCCGAAGCGGAGCCCGGACCUGUCUUGGAAGACAUUCCACCGCGAAGCGCACACAAGCCCAUAGCUCGACUAGCGCACGGGCUCGAUCGCGUCCUAUUCAACCCCGGCGUCCACUGGAUGCGCGACCCGCGCUCGUCGGUCUACAACUUUACUCCUGAGCUCGAGCACCUCCCCAAGGUCACCGAUUUCGCGUUCGAGCGCGUCGAGGGCUUCGUCAAGAGCUCGCGUGAUGAGGACCUGCGCACGCUCGCCGUGCGCGAGGGCAAGUCGUUCGCGGGGUCGACAUCCUCGCUUACGGGGAUGCUUAGCCACAUAUACUUCCUGAUCUCGGGAGACAGGAAUGUGGAUAUCUCGCCGUUGAGUCGGGCGUUUGAGGACAAGCCAGUCGAUUUUACUCCGGGGCAACGCUCGCCUGCGUCGACGGUCUUCAAUUACAAGGAUGGCGUCCAUAUGAUCGACUCGGACGAAGACAAGCCAGGCGUGAAGAGCGAUCAGAAUAUCCUGACAUGGAUGGGCACUCUCCUCGAGAAGUACUUCACCAUGGAGCCUGAGGAAUUCGCAAGGUAUCUACGCGCGCACGACCACCCUCAGACCGAGAGCGACAACAUGCGCGAGGCGUACCGAUAUUCGAAGUCCCAAUCCUUCAUCAUGCGCUCCCAACUCGACUGCGUCGACCCUCGCCUUCCGGGCACGGGCGUCUUCGACAUGAAGACGCGAGCGUGCAUGGCCAUCCGGAUGGACCUCCUCAACUUCGAGGAGAGCUCCGGCUACCUCAUCCGCCAGCAGCAUGGCUUAUUGGAAAGCUUUGAGCGCGAGUACUACGACUUGAUCCGCUCGGCUUUCCUGAAGUAUAGCUUCCAAGCCCGCAUUGGCAACAUGGACGGCAUCUUCUGCGCGUACCAUAAUGUCGCGCGCGUCUUCGGCUUCCAGUACUUCGGCCUCGAGGAGAUCGACGCGCGCCUGUUUGGGAUGGAGCCCGGCGCGGGCGACCGCGUGUUCCGCAAGUGCGUCGCGAUGCUGGAGACGGUCGCGGAAGAGGUCGCAGGGUGUUUUCCGGGGCAGUCCGUAAAGGCCACCUGGGAGACUGAGGAGGGGACUGGGGUGCUCCGCGUGUGGGUGCAGCCGGUUGAGUGGGAUGGGGUCGAGGAGGAGAAGCCGAUUGUCGAGCUUGCAGUGACGAGCGCGAGCUAUCUCGGCGACAGGCCGGUGAAGGGCUACGUCGCCGUGCCCAGUGUGGAAAAGCCAUGGACGAUCCACUACACCAUCUCGCGCUCCUCCGACACUUUCGCAGACAUCCGCAAGCGCCUCGCCGCCGCGCGCGAGAGGCAGACCUUCGCGAUGUCGCUGCCCACGGGCAUUUCCCGCGCACAGAUCUCCGAGUUCCUUGCGAACCUCAACUUCGGGGGCCCGGCGGGCGAGGCGGAGGCCAGCGCGGCCAUCACCAACGGCGAAGACGUGGAACACGCCUCUGGCACCGGAAAUGCAAGCGUCGCAGACGACCUGCUCAAAUCGUACGCGCCCACGCUGUUUAGGAAACCCGGCACGACGACGCAGAAGCUACGCCAGUUGGCCAGGGAGGGAAGGGAGGAGAUGCUCGCAAGGGAGGAGAGGGAGAAGGGGAAGCCCAAGAUUGUGCUUGGGCAACCGUUCCCGCCGCCUGGAUAUGAGCUGGCGCAGGGCGGCGCUUUGCGGAAGGUCGAGAAGUCCUCAUGAGAGGACGUUGUUGGCAUUGCCUAUGCGAGUGCCCGGUAGUCUCCACUCCUUACAUUAUCUCUUACCUUAAGCAUUCGAUACAUGCUGGACUGGGACCUACCCGGAAUCUGGCGUCUGUUCGAAUUUUUGAGCUUGCGAAAGCGAAGGCCUUGUGGACCUCUA